GUAAGGGGGAAACCGUCCUUCAGUCGCUUCCUGGCGAGGAUGCGGCUAUUAUCCGAGUCGCUUCCUCGGCCCCCCCCCUCGUGGCCUACCAGCUGGAUUAGCGCGGCCUUUCCUGCUGGGACCGGAACAGAGCUUCAGCAGCGGUGGUGGGGCACUGGAAACAUCACGGAGCGGGCGAGGCCUUCCUGGGAUCGCCGUUUGGAGCUCUGGAGUGCUGGGCCCCUGCUCCAACAUCACGGAGCUGUGGGUGCGGAGCUCCCUACGCUGGCGGCGCUGACAUUAACAUCGCGGAGUCCUGGGACCCUUUGCCGGGGGUCGCCAGCGAGAAUCUCCGCCCAGCGCGGCCUGUGGACAUCGGGAGCCACAGACUUUGGUGGAAGUUUGCCGACAAGAGGUUCCCGGCGAGAGGGCCUGAACAUCGGGCCGCCCAUGGCGGCGACUACGGGGUGCCCGGGAGGCCCCGACCACGGGUGAACAUUGGGGAACAUCAGCGAGGAGGUUUACUGGACUUUGGUUCCUUCCCUCACAGUGGGGAACUUUGAUGCUGCUGUGGGGAUGUUCGUGGUGUGGACUACUGUGUUCUGUGCUUUGUGGGGUUUUUUAAUUAUUUUUUUUGUAUGCCUAAGGGAAAAGGAAUUUUGUUGCUCUUCAUUGAAGACAUUGACAAUAAAUUAAAUCAAAUCAAAAUCAAAUCAAAUCAAAUGGCUGAUCAUCCAAAAUCAGUACCCCAUUCCUGCUAUCUCCCCAUAUCCCUUCAUUCUGUUAGCCCUAAGAGCUUUAUCAAACUCUCUCUUGAAUACAUCCGAGGUAAUAUACGGUAUAUAUCAAGAGGGAGGCCCUGUUUCUCAGGAUGGCCAAGAAACCCUCUAGGGUGCACUGUACAAAUAGCCUUGAAAGUAGCAGCAAGAGAUGUCUCCACCACAAAUGUCUCCAUCACACUUCUUGUGGCUGAAAGAUGAAUUGGAAGAGACCCAGAGUUCUCUAAUGGGACAGAGAGGAGAACCUUCGGCUAAGUAAAGGAACUGUUGAUUUUCUUUCAAGAUCCUCUUACUCUGCACAUAUUUGACCAAACUGGAUACCCACUCAUCAUUCAUAAAAUUCCAUCCCUAAUGACAUUAAAGAUUUGUAUAAACUCUAAGAUAUCCACACAUCUGUCUGAAGUCACACAUAAGCCUAUCUCCUUCGCUCCAUAGAUGCUGCUGCACCCGCUGAGUUUCUCCAGCAUUUUUGUGUACCUUCACACAAGUUAAAGAUGCUUGGCGAAUCCAAGUUGUUGUAUUUGCAGAUAUAUGUAGUGUAACAGUAAAUAUUGGAUCAUGCUGAUUAUAAAUUUGCAGCAGUGGAUAGAGCUGGACUGAAAUGUGUUUCCAUUUACAGAAUGGGUGGCAGUUCGGCCUUGCUGUGGAUGUGGGGAGCGUAUCAGGCCAGAGCUCCAUGGGAUUGGCUCCUUACUUUGAUGAAGUGGUUGGAAUUGAUGUGAGUGAAGCUCAGAUUGAAGAGGCCAACAAGAUGUGCGGACUUGAUAAUGUUUUCUAUGGUUAUUUCAUCUCUGUACAUGUCACUUCACUCAACAGACAGGGUGUAGCAGAGAAGCUGGAUUUCAAGGAUGCUUCUGUUGACCUGGUGACAGCAGCAGCAGCAGCAGCAGCAGCACGUUGGUUUGACAUUAAGGCGUUCAACUUAAGGCGUUUACGAAGGGGACCAAAUGACAUGGUGCACUUCCACUGGAAGCUGAUUCCACACAGCUACCACUCCCUGAGUAAAGAAAUCCCCCCUCAUGUUACCCCUCAUGUUACCCCCUACGAGAGUGAAAAAGUACAGAUCGUUCGGAAUAAAUACAAAGAAGUAUUUGACACUAUCACAUUCUUUGAUAAAGAAAGGUUAGAGAAAAUAAUACUGAAAAUUUUGUUGAACUGUCCAAAAAAAGCCUCAAAAGACAUGAAUCUUGAUAUUAUUCCCAAAUGGCUAGAUUUUCACUUUAAGGUUUAGUUUAGUUUAGAGAUACAACAUGAAAACAGGCCCUUUGGCCCACCAAGUCCACACCAACCAAGAUCAUCACACACUAGGGCCAAUUUACAGAAGCCAAUUAACGUACAAACCUGCACGUCUUUUGCACGUGGAAAGAAAACCCACAUGGUCACAGGGAGAACGCACAAACUCUGCAUAGCCAGCAACCAAAGUGAGAAUCAAACCUGGGUCUCUGGCGCUUUAAGGCAGUAACUCUACCACUGUGCCACGAUGCUGCUCAAGGGGUUAUGUCCCGGACUAAGCCGCCAGAUGAAAUGUUAUUUUGAUCCCUUUUCAUGAAUAGGGGAUUGGCAAUUAACAGAAAAUAGAGAGCCUCUUUUAGGAAUCAAUUUAGUGAGAUUCCAUAGGAAUCAAUGCUGGGACCUUAAAUAUUUAUAAUCUACAUUGAUGACUAAUUGUACAAUAGCCAAGUUUACUGUUGACACUAAGAUGCAUGGAUCAGCAAGUUUUGGGGAGGAUACAGAGAUUGCUCGGAGACAUGGGUAGACUAAACAAGUGGGCAAGAAGUUUGGCAUAUGGAUUGUCAUGUGGGAAAUGUGAGGUGAUCUACUUUGGAGGAAAGAAUAAACUAGCAAUUAUUAUUUAAAUGGCAUGAGUACAGAAUGUUGCAGAAAAGGAGCCUGUGGGAUGAGCAGAGAGGGAAUGAAAUACAGACACCGUGUCUAACAGAGGGAUGAACACAGAUCUUUACUGGAAUAAUCAGGUAUUGGGUAGCAAUCGAUACUAAUAUCCCCCAUACAUUAGCGUUACAACUGCUGCUGAGGUAGGUUUGAAGCCCCUACUUUCUUGUAAAGGUAUUCUCUGAGUGGGUCAGAGGAGGGAUAAUGUCUCAGUGGAUCUGCUUCUAAAAAUCUUCAGAAUAAGAAAUUGUUCUGUAAUAUAAACCAAGAUUAUAAUAAACAUGAUUUGGAGAAAACUUUCCAAAUUUUCUCUGGGCUGAAUGGAAUUGGCUUUUAAUUUGCUCUCGUGCUUCACCAGGAAUAUUGGUAGCUCUGGAUGAAUGGACACUCCAUCUGGAGAAGCACCAGGAGAUCAGAGCUCCAUCAGGCCGUGCGGAUGAAAGCAUCCUUUCCUGUCAGUAAAAGUCCAAUAAUCUGGCACCCUAGGGACUUUGGUAGCGCCAGACCUGCAGAUUUGCAAUGGUUCAAUGGUCCAAUGGUCCUUCAUUGUUAUGUGUACCAUUUAAGGUACAGUGUAAAUUGAUUUGCCAUGCAGACAUACCAGAAAAAGCAACAAAACACACAACUGCAUAAAAGUUAACAUAAACAUCCACCACAGCUGCUCGCCCACAUUCCUCACUGUGAUGGAAGGCAAUAAAAUCUCAUCUUCUUUUCUCCUUAUUCUCCCGCAGACGGGGCAGUCGAACCAUCUUCAGUCAGGGCAAUCGAAGCUCCCGCAGCUGGCGAUCGAAGCUCCCCCAUCGAGGCGAUCGAGCUCCCGCGAUCACAGUGAUCGAAGCUCCCGCGGUUGGAGCUCCCAAAGUCCGUCUCUAAACAAGGGAUCACGAGCUUCAUGCGGUUGAAAUUCCCAAAGUCGGUCCCCAGCAAGAGGCUGUCAGCUCCACGAUUUUAGGCCACAGCGUGGACGGAGAUAUGAUACGGAAAAAAAUCGCAUCUCCGUUAAGGAAAGAGAUUGUAAAAAGUUUCCCCCAACCCCCCCACCCCCCACAUAAUACAAAUUUAAAGAUACAC